AUGAUUGUUGACACCUUUAAUGAAAUUGGUGGGGAUGGUGAUAUACCUCACGCAGGAAUAGGUAAUGCUCGGGGGAUGCGACACAAGAUGCUGAUAGAAGCAGUGGAAAAUCAAAUUCCACAAGUGAUUGUAAUAGAUGAGAUCGGUACUAAGCUUGAGGCAAUGGCUGCAAGCACCAUUGCACAACGACGAAUUCAGUUAGUUGCAACUGCUCAUGGUGUAACAAUAGAGAAUUUAGUCAUGAACCGUGCUUUAGAGAUGCUGGAUGGAGGAGUCCAGAGUGUAACUCUUGGUGAUGAAGAGGCAAGCAGGAAAGGCGUUCAGAAAUCUGUACUGGAGAGGAAAGGUCCAUCAUCUUUUAGCUGUGGGGUUGAGAUAAUCUCCAAGGCAGAAUUGAGAGUUCACCCUUAUUUAGAUGCAACAGUAGAUACAAUUCUUGCAGGUCUUUUACUAGUUCUCCCUCCUAAGUCCUAG